GGGAGGAGGCUUGGUUGGAGCAUCAGUCCGGCUCCGCUGCCGAGGGGGGGCGGGGGGGCGGGCGCGAUCGAGGGGCUGGGCUCCCUUCCCGCCUCUUCGGAGGAAGGAGGGCCCUGGCAACGGCCCCCCGGGCCUCGUGGAGCCAGCUGCCCCGGCCUCCUUCCCCGCCCCCCAAGCCCCCUCCCCCGGGCCCGCAGCCUCUAUAGAGGCCGGCCGGGCGGAGGGCCGUCCAGAGCCCCGCCAAGCGCAGCCCAGCUCAGCCAUGGACCGCCGCCCGCUCGCCCUCCUGCUGCUGCUCCUGCUCGCCACCCUGCACGGGACCCGCGGGAAACCCAUCAGCCUGACUUACCGAUGCCCUUGCAGGUAUUUUGAGAGCCAAGUGGCCAAGUCCCAGAUCAAACACCUGAAGAUCUUGACCGUCCCUGGAUGCCCCCUUCAGGUCAUUGCAAGACUGAAAAACAGCAGUAAACAGAUCUGCAUUGACUCCAAGUUAAAGUGGAUUCAAGAGUACCUGGAGAAAUACUUUCAAAAGAGAGUCAAGAUGUAAGCGAGGAGCAGUGUUGGCUUCCUGCGGGAUGCUUCUCCGUAGGAGCUGGAAACCUCCAUCCCCCUGACCCUCUUCCAGCCACCCAGCCACCCCAUCCCACGAUCCUGGGCAGAGGAGAGCCUCCACGGUUGCCCGAGUUCCUUAUUUGCACAGAAACGUCUUGCCUUUGCCAAUAUUGUCCGAUGUAGCAGGAACUGCUUGGGUUUUUUAUUUUAUUUUUUGUAUCACUAACUUCAAGAGCAGCAACUUGUAUGAAACAGAGCAUUAAUCCCUUCUGCUGUGCAGAAUCCGGACACUGACCCCUUGAUACGUUUGCAUGGGGGAGAAGGAGGGAGGGAGGGAGGGGAGAGACUUUGGGGAGAAUUAUUCAAAGGGUGUGUGUGUGUGUGAUGGCCAACACUGUGUUAUGCUAAUGGCUCUUCUUUGCAUGUGCAAGAGUCACAGCUGAGAUUUCAGGCAGCAAGACAGCAAAAUCCUAAUUUUUAGAGCGUUAGAGACAUAGAAAGGAUUUCCGGUCUCCACAUUCAGAGUCGAGAGAAGGAGUGAGUGCAUGUCGAAUAUUUGUAUUUCUUCUCAGGGAACUCGAUCUGUGCCAUAAGCGACCAAAUUUUAUGAAUCACAAGCUUAAAAGAUUUUUAUUGUAGCCAUUACUAAGAUACUAUGAAUUGUUAUAAAGACAUCUGCAAGUGAGCCCUGUGGAGUUUGCUCCUGGUUCAAAUAGCAGAGCAUUUUUUUUUAGUUGUGGUAAAAAGUAGCUUUUGAAAAUCAGACUUUAUUACGUUAAAUGUAAACCAAGCUGCCUGCAGAGCCAUUUUCCUUGACUUAAAAGAGAAACGGUGCACCUCCUAACGCAAUCCCUACCACAACGGACGGAGAGGCUCUUCUAAUCUUUUCUCCCAUUUUUAAUCACUCAAAUAGCAAUAACAAAUUUACCGUCCAGAGUAGAAUUCUUUCUCUGGGAGCAGAGAGUCAGGACUCCGGUGGCUUUUAAAUGCAGCUAGAAUGCAAAAAUAUUGUUCAAACUGAAGUGCCAAAGAUAAACUCCAGUUAGUACUGGGUUGCCUGUCUUAAUCAGCUUCUUCAAACACAUUUCCCAUCUACAAAUUCAAUGUACCAAAACUACCAAGAGGAGACGUAUCAGUUUGUUACUAUUGGCAGAAUCAGAAGAUGUUUUGCUAGUAAGGUUUAGUUUUGUGCGUUCCCCUCCUCAAAAUACACCAUGCAAUGAGUUUUCAGUAGCUAUAAUGUGGGGGUGGGGGGGGGACCAGGAUGGCAAUCAAGGCAGCUCCAGAUUGCCCAGCAAUGACUUAAAUCAGUGUCUUCACCUUGCAACUUUAAGAUCUCUGCACUUCAUCUGCCAGAAUUCCCCAGCCAAUAUGACUGGCUGGACUAUUCUGAGAAUUGAAGUCCAAAGAGUUUAAAGUUGGCAAGGUGGAGAAACAGUAACUUAGAUAAUGGGACUUUCGGAGGGGGGACUGGCGGGGGUUCAAUUAUAUCUAACACUGCAGGCAUCAGAUACACACGCAUCAGAUACACACUCAACCUUCUAGUCAUAUCCAUUCCACGCACAAUUACAUGGUUCUGGCCCUGCUGGAUAUAAUAAGAUUAUUCUGCACAUUAUGCUAUGUUCCUAAAUACCCUUGGCAAAGUUAAACACUGUUCAACUCAAAGUAGUCCAACCUUGCUUUGGAUCUUGUAAGAUUUUAUUAAUAACAGCAACUUGCUGGGCAGGUGUUAACUUUGGAGGCUUUGCUACAUAUUGGGAGUGCUAAUUAAUACUUCCUAUUCUUAAUAUAUGCUUUUACUAAAGAGAAAAUGAAUUUAACAUUCAAAAACCAUCGAGGGACACACAAGAGUUGGGAUUCAAAUUCCAGAUGCUCCAAAAGUAUCUUUGUUUCUCAGUAACCCUAUUUUAAAAAAGGCACGGAAACUGCAAGAGACCAGAGGUUUCAGCAGACCCUUAGAGAAGGUGAAAAACUGGCUCAUGGCUGGAUUGCCAAAUCCAUGCUGAUUCCACCGGGAGCGUCCAGCCAUGCGUGAAGCUUACGAGAGGUUCCUGGUGAUGCCUCUCGGUAAGAAACUAGUUAGCUUGCCUGCCCUGCUGUUGCUUAGGAGAGAGAAAAAGGAGCCAUGAGAGAGAGAGAGAGGCUCAGAUGAAGCCCUGUGGCCCAUCUCGGCCCCAUCUUGAAGCCCACCAGCAAGGAUUCCCUAAGAGAAAUGCAGCUCUCACAACCUGGAGGAAGUUCAGAUCGGGAUUUGAAAGCAUGGAUCAUUUUCAGGGCAAGCAAUGAUUCAUGCUAUCGUUCUAUGGAUGGUCUAGUUAGCAGGCCCACAGGUUUUCCCAAAAUAAUGUGAAAAAGACUUUUCAUCAUGAAAAGAAAAAUGUAUAACUACUUCAUGCUAUUUGUUUUGUAAAUAUAUAUUUUUGCAAAAUAUGUAAGCACUUCUUAAUUUUCUUAAUAAAGUUUGUAU